AUGGCUUGUACUGGAGCAAUCACGAGUGCUCGAGAGGAAUUUAAUUCAGCAAAAGGCGCCAUCAAGAAUGAAACUCAGGUCUCUCCGCUAUCAACUUCAACGAGAAAAAAACGCAGUAAAUAUCGCCAUGUAGCUGCAUAUCACUCGGAGACUCGCCAUUCCAGUCUCAGUCGAGAGUCUGAUGUGCUCCCAAACUUCCUGGGCUUUCGAAAUCUCAUGGUGUUGGUACUUGUGGCGAUGAACCUACGUUUGAUUAUUGAGAACUUCAUGAAAUAUGGCGUGCUAAUCUGUAUUAAAUGCCAUGACUACCGCAGGCAAGACAUUGUUCUUGGGUCCAUAUUGUUUGCCUCGGUUCCAUGUCAUUUGCUCGUGGCAUACAUCAUUGAGCUUUCAGCCGCUACUGCAGCCAAGCACGCAGUGGGUCGUCAAAAGAAGACCGAAAAAGAAAAAGAGCACGACCAGAAGGUUUUCCAGUCGACAUGGCCAUUCACUGCUUUCCUGCACACGCUUAAUGCCACGCUAUGCCUCACAGUGACCAGCUUCGUGGUGUAUUUCUACAUCCACCACCCAGGCAUUGGCACAAUAUGCGAAUUGCACGCGAUCAUUGUGUGGUUGAAGAACUGCUCUUAUGCCUUCACAAAUCGAGACCUACGUCUCGCUCUACUCAAUCCCUCCGCAGACCCGGGCUUGCCUGAAAUCUACUCCUCGUGUCCGUACCCGAAGAAUAUUACCAUCGAUAACCUGGCAUACUUCUGGCUCGCACCUACACUGGUGUAUCAGCCUGUUUACCCGCGCACGGCAUCCAUCCGGUGGUCAUUUGUUGCAAAGCGCCUUGCCGAGUUCGUGGUCCUGGCAGUGUUCGUCUGGCUUCUGUCUGCGCAGUAUGCCGCACCUGUGUUGCGGAACUCAAUUGAUAAGAUUGCAAUAAUGGACAUCGCCUCCAUUUUAGAGCGGGUCAUGAAGCUGUCUACGAUCUCGUUGAUCAUUUGGCUUGCCGGCUUCUUUGCGUUGUUUCAAGCCCUUUUGAACGCUCUGGCAGAAGUCAUGCAGUUUGGAGACCGCGAGUUUUACACCGACUGGUGGAAUAGCUCUAGUCUGGGUGCUUAUUGGCGAUCUUGGAACCGGCCUGUCUACCUUUUCAUGAAGAGACAUGUCUAUUCGCCGCUGGUGGGUCGUGGAUGGAGUCCUCUGGCUGCCAGUGGAAUGGUUUUCACGCUCUCCGCGAUUCUUCACGAAAUGCUCGUUGGAAUUCCCACGCAUAAUUUCAUUGGUGUCGCGUUCUUUGGAAUGAUGUUCCAGCUGCCUUUAAUUAGCCUCACUGAACCGUUGGAGAAAAUGCGCGGGCCUCAAGGCAGAGUCAUUGGAAACUGCAUCUUCUGGGUCAGCUUUUGUCUAGUUGGACAACCGCUUGGAGCACUUCUGUACUUCUUCGCUUGGCAGGCCAAGUACGGAAGUAUUCUUUCAUCAUGGUUGCAUUCAUUGUUCCUAGCAACUACGGACCCUCACAGCUAUGCCUCCAUGGAACUAUGCAAGGAAAAUGCCAAAGCUGAGCAGUUCAACUGCGCCCAGCGCGCUCACACCAACUUUCUCGAGAAUGCUUCGCAGACAAUGCUCUUCACCCUGGUCGCUGGUCUGAAGUACCCAGAGUGGGCUGCUGGUCUGGGCGCUCUGUGGGUUUUCUUCCGCGUUCUGUUCCUCUAUGGCUAUGUGUACUCGAAUAAGCCGCAGGGUAAGGGCCGUCUGAUGGGCGGAUUCUUCUGGCUUGUGCAGGGCGCUCUUUGGGGAUUGAGCGUCUUCGGUGUUGGAAAGGCACUGCUUUGA